AAGGAAUCGGCGUUUAGUCGGCGUUUGGUUGCCCGCCUGUCGGGAUUCCAUGCAGAUUUACGAAAUCGAACUGCGGAGCGCAUUUUCACAUGCCCAAGAAGACAACAGGACGAUGGCAGAGCGGAUAUGGCAGCGGCGAGCCACGCGAGCGGAGCUGCCACGACGACAGAGAAGCAUGUCGCCGCUCCCUGCGCUCGCUGUUAGUUCACCUGUGGUUGCUGUCAUCGUUGUCACGGCACUGCUGGCCAGUGUGGCAGCUGCAACGGACUGGGUGAAAUUUGACACGCAUGAGUACCUUCUUUUGGCCGGCAAAAUGACAUUGAACGAUGGUGUUACGCGCUGUGCUGAGCUGGACGGGUUCGUUGCCUUGCCAGAGAGCGACGAAGAAAACUCCUUCUUCCUCAGUCUCGUCAAGCAACAUGGCCUCAACGGGAACGGUGACAUUUACUUUGGUGCCACUGACCAAGUCAACGAAGGGGACUUCCGCUCUCUCGUUGACAAUCAACCAUUGGUGUACAAUGCCUGGACUGGGAAACAGCCGGACAACUUUCAGAACAACGAAGACUGCAUCACAUACAACGGGAACAACUGGAAUGACAUUCGAUGUGGGCCUGACCGCCGCAUAUUUUGCAAGCGGGACGCACUGGCUGACCGGUGGAUUGUCAAGGACAAUAACGAAUACUUGUUCAGUGAGGACAUGCAGGUGUCCUUCGACGUGGCACGCGCAUUCUGUGCAGGCUACUCAGCAAUGCUGGCAGAGCCGCGGGACUUGGACGAGGCCACGUUCGUUGCCCGGUUUUCACGGCAUGGCCCAACAGAUGCCAUCUGGCUCGGCCUAGCCGACGUCGACGGUAACGGAACAUACCGCUGGUUGAGCGACGGCACGCAGCCACAGCCCUACCUCUUUGCAUCUGGCAUCUCAGCGGGACAGUGCGGCGCAGUGUCUUCUGCUGUCACCACAAACAACAAGUUGGUCACGCUGACGUGCGACACGCCCCUUCCCGCGCUCUGUACGCGCCCUUUUCAAGUUUGUCCCAUUGGCACCUAUCGCGACUUCUUCACUGGCAAUUGCACUGCCUGUGAUCAAGGCACAUACCAGGACACGCCCGCGCAGUACACAUGCAAGAGUAGCAAGGUGUUUUGUCUGGAGUCUGGCUUUGGUCAGAGCGUGCCCAUUUCCGCUACAGCCGACCGUCAGUGCAUGCAGUGCGAACCAGGGACACACUCGACAACAACGGUGCUGGCUACCACGGAGACGAUUGGCGUCUGUGCUUCCUGUAACAGCGGUACAUACCAGGACCAACCCGGCCAAUCUUCGUGCAAACCCCAGCCCACAUGCAACCCGGGAACCUACAUCCUCAGGGAGGGCGCAUCGUAUGCGCGUGAGUGCCGAGCAUGUGACGGGGUCCGCGAAUAUCAGGACGAGCCAAACCAGCAUGAAUGCAAAGCAGUGAAGCUGUGCACGGCUGAGGAGUACGAGGUCGAGGCGCCCUCGCCAGAUUCCAACAGACGAUGCAGAUCAUGUGAACUCGGCGUCACGUUUCUGGAUACGGCAUUCCAAGAGUGCCGUGCCGUGACAGCAUGUCAGGCCGGGACUGUCGAGGAUGAGCCCCCGACGCUCAUCUCAGACCGUAGCUGUCGCGCUGAGACGUUUACGUGCAAAGACGGCCGCGAGAACGGCGAUGGUGACGUGUGCACAUGUGCCAUCGACAACUGCCAAAGCUGUACGAAGCAGCCGAACUCUGAGGAGAUGUAUGGGGCCGUGCUGCUUCAGGUCAAUCGACACCCACAGCUGUCAGCGCUUGUGCGCCCCUGUCAACAGCUUGGACCGCAAGCGGAUUACGUCGCGAGUUGCGCUUCAGAGUGCCGCAACUCGACCACGUGCACCGCCUUCUGGAUUGCUGUCAGCGAGGCUGAGGAAGGGUUGUGCUGCAUCUACUCGUCAUUCUCUUCAAUUGGAUCAUAUGACCGCCGAGGCGGGUCAUUCUAUGCGCUCUCUCAGUGCGACCUGUGCGACGAAGGCCACUUCAAAUCAGGCGUCGGCUGCCGAAAAUUGUCCGUGCGACCGCAGGUGGGCAUGGGCGUGGUGGACAUCACGCUACCGCUCACGGCUACGCCCGGUACCCGCAUUGGUGCCGUCAAUGCAACAGCAGAGGAAGGACACGGCCCACUUAAGUUCUCCCUCAAAGAGACCAGUGACUUGUUUGCUGUCAACGGCACAACGGGUGCUGUGAUGCUGUUGCAGUCACUCACCGUUGCCUCCGACAUCUCUCUGACUGUCCUCGUUACGGACACACGAGACGAGUGCUUUGCGCUGAACGAAGACGGCACGGAUGUCAUCACAAACGCUGGCGGAUGCAGCACGACGGUCAAGCUUGCCAUCAAGAUUGCCGUGUUCAUUGGCUGCCCAUCACACCAGAGCAUCUACUUGCAGCCCGAGCUUAAUGAAGAGAACGUGACUUGGACCCCUCCACGGCUGCCAGGCUUCUUCUCCUCCCUCGUUGUACGCAACAACACGCCUGCGCUCCCCGUGGCUCUGGGCGAAGGCGUACACACCAUCACCUAUUCUGCGGGACCCUUGAACGUCGGCGGCUACUUGCUGUGCGAGUUUGACAUUUCGCUGCGCUAUGGCUUCUCCAUCUUGGUCGAGUCGCUGGGACACGUGGCGACGGGUCCGCUCCUGCAGGACUUCCUGCUCGCCGACAACACCAUUGUGGACGGUGUUGCACGCCCACGCCGCUUCAGGGGCGACGUCGUCGCACGUCCGUUGGCGAUUGGACUCGUCUCAAAGCCAGGGAAGCCCUUCACCGUGUUUGCGCGCAACGGCGUGGAGGGUCGCAUCGUCGUGCAGCUGCAAUGGUGCACGCACGGCACCCUGCCCGCAACCACAUCCGCGUUUGCCAACGGCUCGGUUGCCGUCACACUGCUGCAGCCCAGCAGCAAGGCCACGGCGGCUGCACUUGUGUUCACGGAUCACGGCUCGGGCGUGACGCAGGAUGCACGCUGCUUGCGAAUUGCAGUCGAGUCGUCUCACAUCCGCGGCACGCUCUCCUUCGCGGGCAUUGACAUGACGUUUACCCACACAUCCAUGGCCAACCGGACCCGCCGGUCCUCCUCCCCUGCCCCGCCAUCCGUGACCAUUCGCGACUAUUCCCCUCAUGGCCGCAACUUUGUGGCGGUGCAGUUUGGCAAUGGCGACGGGUCGCCGCUUGCAGAAGACAGCGGGCCGUUCCUCUCACAGGAGGACACGAUUGCGCCACGCUGGCUCAACUGCCCAACAGCGCCCAUUGUAGCGCAUGCGCAGCCUGGCCAGGCGACAGCCGUUGCCACAUGGGAAGAGCUUGUACCGGUGGACAAUGUGGAGGUGGUGGACGUGCAGUCAUCGCACACCUCCGGCGACUACUUCUCUGUUGUACACUCGCCGCACACGGUCACGUUCACGGCAUCGGACGGCCAGCUCAGCACCACAUGUGCGUUUGACGUGGAGGUGACGUUUGAUCCCAUCACCACCGCCGUCGUCGCCACCACAAGCGCGGAGUUCUCCGUGUCACACGAGGUGUUGCCACUGCUGCACACGCAGACGUACACGCACUACCUGGUUGGCGGGACAAACGAUACCGCACUGGCAACAUUCAGGCUGGACGCCAAGCUUGUCACUGCCAUCAAGUUUGUUGUACUGCCGCCGCCCGGCGAGCGCUUCUUCGUGCGCACCGUGCCGACGGCUGAUCGUGGACAGCUUGUUGUGGACCUUGUGUUUUCGCUUGCAAGCACGAGCCCCAUCGAUGCAGAUGCCCUGAUCUACGACGACGACGCCAUUGUUGCAUAUGAGCUGGGGGAGUUUGCGCUCGACACAACGCCUGCAGCGGACGGGCUGGACGACAAUGAACAGCAAGACUCACUCUCACCGACAGGCACAAUCACCGGUGCACGUGUGCACAUCGACGCGGCGGGUGGCGUUGUCGUCGUGCGCGGGACGGCGCCGGACACUUUCAAGCGCGGAUUCUCAUUUGCGUCCCUGACGCUGCAGGUAUCAUUUCCGCUCGGUCGCAACUUUACCUCCCUCGCAGACGGCUCUGCCGCCAUCGAUACGGGAGAAACUUCGACCACCGCCGUACCGCCGCCACCCGCCAAUACAACAGCAGCGACAACAACAACAGCAACACUGUUGAACGGCACGACCAUGGCUUCGGCAGUAACAGCACCACCGACAACAGCGCCAGCAGCCACUGGCGGUGGUGUGCAUGCAAAUGCGACCACAAGCACAACACAGCCCACUUCAACAGCAGCGACCACUGGUGGUGGUGGUAGCGAUGGCAACGAUGACACUGGUGAUGGGGUAUUUGUCACGAAACCCUUCGCAAUGCAGGCGGGCUCAUUUCUUGGGUUCAAGCUGUCCUUUGCCGUGGACGAUGCAGACGACCACAGCGGAUUUCUUUCCCUGCUGGACACGCAGGCGCCGUUUUUCCGCCGCUGCCCCUUCAGUCUCCACCGCGACAUUGACGUGGUGCUGGCCACUGUCCCCAGAGAACCGCAUGCCAUCGCCAACUGGACGCUGCCCGUUGUUGACGACAACCGCGGGCGUGACCAGCUCACCCUGACGUCCAAUGUGCCUGCUGGCGGCGUGUUUGCACUGCAGGCACCGGGCGAUGCGCCAUACUCGGUCCAAUACGAUGUGAAAGACCUCACUGGCAACACGGCCACGUGCGACUUUUUCGUUGCUGUGCGUGACUUUGAGGCGCCGCGUGUGGUUGUGGUGGACGAUGUGGUGGUCACACUUCCGUCUGCGCCAUACUCCCCUGGGCACGCCGUGCUGGCCACGGUGACGCCAGAACAGGUGCGAGCCGCCACCAACACCACGGACAACAGCGGCGCAUUCACGUGGACGGCGCCCGCCACGGCCCUCUCCCUGGGCACGGGCGAGACUGACGUGAUGGUGGAAGCAGAGGACGAGUGGGGGAACAAGGGCAGCGCUGUGGUGCGUGUGCGUGUCCUUGACACCACACCGCCCACGCUGUUCUGCAAUGACCCUUCCCCUGUGGUGACGCCCGGCGUGCAAGCGGAGGCAGCGGUGGUGAACUUCACUGCGCCAUCGUAUGUGGACAACGUUCCCACAGCGGCCACCCUGACAUACUCGCAUGCGCCAGGAAGCCUGUUUCCUGUCGGCACGACACACGUGAACGUGACGGCAACAGAUGCCAGCGGCAACGCCGCAUUGUGCGUGCUGGCAGUGGAGGUGAUCCCCUUCCAGGCUGCCACGGCCCCGGACAACUCCAACAUUGUGGCGGGCGCCUCUGGCGGUGGCGCCUUCCUGCUUGUGCUGCUCGCUGUGUUUGCCGCGCUGUACUACCGGCAGCGCAGACGCUCGCGGCGCCCGCAGAACUGGGACGAAAUCUUCGAGAUGAUUGAGCAGUUCAAGGGGCGGAAAGACGGCAGCGACGGGCCCGUGGUGCCGCGCGAGCUGAACCGCGCCAACAUCAAGCUGCUGGAGGAGCUUGGCAAGGGCGCGUUUGGCAUCGUGUACAAAGGCCUGCUGACGGAGGCACCGAUCCCGGGCUAUCUCGUGGCGUGCAAGAGCCUACACGCCAAGGCAACCGCUUCCGAGCGCAUCGAGUUGAUGGAGGAGGCAGCCGUGGUGGCGCAGUUUGACCACCCAAACGUGCUGCAACUCAUCGGCGUUGUGUCUGUGGGCAAGCCCGUGCUGGUGGUGCUGGAGUUUAUGGAGUACGGCAGCUUGCGCUCGUAUGUGCAAGACAACGACGUGGACGAGGCCACGCGGCUGUUGUUCGCUGGCGACUGCGCCGAGGGCCUCAACCACGUGCACAGCAAAGGGUUUGUGCAUCGUGACAUUGCUGCGCGCAACAUCCUCGUCUCCAGCGAGCGGCGGUGCAAGGUUGCAGAUUUUGGGCUGGCGCGCGACACGGAGGAGAGUGACUACUAUCGCUCACGUGGCGGCCAGCUUCCCGUUCGCUGGUCCGCGCCCGAGGCCCUCGAGGAUCGCAAGUUCACGCGGGCGACCGAUGUUUGGUCCUUUGGAAUUUUGUGUCACGAGAUCUGGACACGCGGCAAGAUGCCGUAUGACGGCUGGGGAAACCAGAAGGUCUGGGUGAUGGUGUGCGACGGGUACCGCCUGCCCAAGGCCGAGACGUGCCGUGAUGUUGUGUAUGAGCAGCUGCUGGCGUGCUGGCACGCUGAGGCAGAGAGGCGGCCGAGUCUUGCUGAUCUGGCGGCCUUCUUCCGCGAUGAGUACGAGGCCUACACCGGCGAGUCGUUGCAGCCCAAAGACGAAUACCUGGCCAUCGGCGACACCCCACACAGCGGCACAAAGAAGCCGCGCAGAUCCCUCAGUGGGACACUUGGGACGUUCCUUGGUGGCCUGCGCAGGCGAUCGUCCAAGGACGGAAACCUCGUCAUCAACCCCCUCUACCACGAUGAUGAGAUGGCGGAUCUUGCGGAGGACGAAAGCGAGGACCGGGAAGCACUGCAGCUGUACGACAUGGGCGACAAUGGUGAUGAUGCAGCCGUGUGCGCAGGAAGUGAACGGAACGGUGAUGCUGGACGGGGCGAAGCAAUGCAGUUGUAUGACAUGGGCGACGGCGAUGGCGACGAUGGAGCCGUCGCGCGAACAGAGUUCACCACAAACGCAACCAGCAGCCGCAGCCAGAGUGAUGGCGACAGUGAUGGUGAAGCAGAAGAACAACAAGGAGAUGACAAUGCAGACGAUACAGUGACAUUCACGCUAGAUGAGCUCGAGGCAGUGGAUGAUGACACGGCUUUUGGGUUUGGCGACGUCAACACCGACACAGACUUUGCCGAGGACGACUGCCUGCAGCUGUACGGCAACGUUGACACGCAGCAGCCAUGCACUAGCGAUCACGGCGAGGGCACUUGUGCGAUUACGUCCAAGGACCUCGGGCGCCGUGUCCGCGUGCAAGGAUACGAGUGCCUGGGCACCAUCGCGUUUGUCGGCAAGCACCACGCAAAGGGGUCUGAUCGCGUGGGUGUGGCCCUGGAUCUGCCCCAUGGCCGAAACAACGGCACGGUCGGUGGCGUGACCUACUUCUCAUGCGAGUCCAACAAAGGCAUUCUCUGCGUCCCAACAAAGGUGUCCUUGGUGGAUUGAUGCACGAUGGACGGAAUGCGUGCGUGUGUGUGUGUAUGUGUGUGUGUGUGUGUGUGUGUGU